UAGAAGGUUUAUGUUAUGAAUCAAAAAUGAAGGUUCUCUAUUAUUAUUUGAAAUUUUUCUGCAUAGUUGGAUAUGUUAAUGCUGUUUGCCAGACUAAUCGAAUUGAGAUAGAUGGAAAUGGCUAUAAGGGAAUUACUGUAGCAGUGUCCAGUAAGCUGGAACCAUCUGAAAUCCAAAUACAAAGAUUAAAGGACCUGUUUACUGCCGCUUCUGCUCGACUGUAUAAGGCAACAAAACAUCAUGUAUUCUUCAAAGAUAUCACAAUAGUAAUACCAAAGUCAUGGCCGAGCGAUAUCACUGAUAGUUAUAUAACCGGACCCCAAAUAGAUUCUGCCCAUGUGAUUGUUGAUAAACCCAACCGACUCGCAAAAAAUAAGCCCUACGUCUCUGGCAUGACCGGAUGUGGAAAUCCUGGGAAACACAUACAUUUAGAACCGUAUACGGUGCAAUUUCUCCCCGCUGAUGGAGAUGCAGACAGAUUAUUCGUUCACCAUUGGGGCCAUUUUAGAUGGGGAUUAUUCGACGAACAUGGAGAUACCGAGUCCCCAGUCCAGGAGCCAAAUACAAAUACGUGGUUUUAUUCAUCUGGAGGAACCUACAAACCAAAUAUUUGCGUUAAAAAUACAUUAGGUAAAAGUGAACUGAAUUAUUGUGGGAGUAAUAUGAAGUGCUCUGUGGAUGAAAAUGGUUUACCUGAAAAGGAUUGUAAAUUUUGUGCAGACGAAACUGGAAACACUGUUAAUGGAUCAAUAAUGGGGAACAUAGAAAUAUCCAGUGUGGACGAGUUUUGUGGUGACGAUGGUAGCACUGUUCCACACAACAAAGAGGCUCAGACUCCACAGAACAGAUUCUGCCAAGGGAGAAGUUCUUGGGAAAUAAUGAGACUUCAUUCUGAUUUUAAAGAUACAACACCAGGUUCACCGACACAAGACACCACACCGAUAUUUAGAGUUGUACAACAGAAAACUGGUCAAAAUUUCGUGAUGGUCUUGGACAAGUCUGGAAGUAUGAGAUUUUAUGAUGGCCCCACUAAUGAAACAAGUGUUCUGAGAAAGCAAAGAAUGACAAAAUUGAAAGAAAUAACAUCCAUUUUCAUACUGGUUUGGUUACAAGCUGGCAGUUCUCUUGGACUUGUGACAUUCAACAUAACAGCACAGACUGUAGCUCCAUUAACCUCUAUAACGACGGACAGCGUAAGGCAAGAGUUAGUGGCAUUAAUCAAGAAUAUUGAUGCUGCUGGUGGUACAUCUAUUGGAGCAGGACUUCGAAAAGGAAUAGAGGUAUUAAAGACACAGGGAACAAACAUCAAUGGCAGCGAAAUCAUUUUGGUAACUGAUGGUGAAAAUACACAUUCUCCAGGAAUAAAAGAAGUUGCAAAUGAAAUCCUAGCUGAAAACGUAAUUGUUACAACAAUUGCAAUUGGUAGAAACGCAGACAAAAAUAUGGAAACCCUGGCUAAGGAUAGUGGAGGUUCAAGCCAUUUUUAUUCCGGAUAUGAUCAAUCGACGGCUCUUAUUGAUAGUUUUGUAAAUAUUGCUGAAUGCGCUUCUGAUGACGAGAAUAAACUUUAUCAGAUAGAGAGUAAAAGUCUGAAUGUCACAAAAGAUCGGAAUUACACCAGUAUUAUUUCUAUUGACGACACAAUAGGACGCGACACGACGAUAUUGCUUCAGGGUCCAGGAGUGAACUAUACUUCAUUAUUUUUGUCAGGACCUGGUAAUAGAAUGUGGACAUCCGGUGUAUGCAAUGAUUCCUGUCGCAUAAAAAUUGAUGCACUAGCCGAGGUUGGCGAUUAUGUGGUAAAUGUUACGUCGUCUUUUGACAUUGGACUAGUUCUUACAUUGACGGCGAAUUCAUAUCCCAGAAAUCCAGCAGAGGAAGUCAUAACUACGACUGCAUGGUCAUCGACAGAUUCAUUUGAUUUCUCGCCUUAUACUCCUGUUAUUCUUUUUGCACUUGUAAAAAAAGGAUCAUCACCAGUUUUAGAAGCUAGCGUGGAAAUGUUACUUGAGGAUUCGGAAGAUCACAUGACAACAAUUAAUCUUUCUGAUAAUGGGUUUGGUGAAGAUAUAAUUCAAGGUGAUGGUCUGUAUACGGGUGUGAUAUUACCUUCUCAAAUAAAGUCUGAUGGCAGACAUAGUCUUAAAGUCUCUGUGACGGGAAAAAGUGGCGAAGCAAAAAUUCUUGUUCCAAAAGUGAAACGACGGAAACGAGCUGCUCAGGACAAUGUCCCCCCAACAGAUCUGGUGGCUAGAACAGUUGCUGGAUUCAAACGAGUUACUUCCGGUGGUUCCAUCACUGUGCAGAAUUAUUCAACAUUGGAUAUAGGAGAUGACAAAAUUUCACCGGCCAGAAUAACAACGCUAAAGUUAGUGUCCUCAAACGGAAACCUUUACAAUGUAAGCUGGGACGCUGUGGGGGAUGACGUCACGUAUGGAUCAGCUACUUCUUACCAGAUUUUGUUAUCAAAAGCCUACUCUGAUUUGCUGAACUCUCCAGAAAGAGUCAGUGCUUUGACCGAACAAGUUCCAACGCCGUCAAAACCUGGGAAUACCGAAUUCUUUUCUCUAACUAUACCGGAAGUUGGUGUAAAUUACUAUUUGGCAGUCCGUGCUGUUGAUGAGUCCGGGAACAAAGGAGAUGUCUCAAAUAUUCUGUCUCUAUCUGUGGUUACCGAUAACUCAUGGAAACGUGUCCAAACACAACCACCAGCAAUGUCUUAUGAAGGCAUCAUUGCAUCUGCUUGUGUAGCAGCAUUACUUGUCUUUAUAAUUGUUUUAUGUGGAGUAUGUUUUUACAAAAGAAGUAAUGCAUCUAGAAGGAAAUCAGGCGACAGGGAUCAAUAUGGAGAAUUUUCCAAGGAUAUUUUAUACGGACCUUAUCAUGAGCAAAACCAAAAUUACAUUAUGCGCAUGUACAUGUAUCAAUUGCGCAACCAACAAAUGAUCAGGCAAUAUUAUGGCCACAAUCCAAGAAUUCCAAACCACGAUACAUAUCCUUACCAUAUUUCUUGAAAAAUGGACAAU